CGGGGGGCGCGCUCCGCCGGAGCGAUCGGUCCUGGGAACCCCGCAGGAGCCGGGCCCGGGCGAGCAGCCGCCGCUUGGGCCGGGUUUGGAGCAGGAGGAGCUGCUGCGGGAGAUGGAGGAGCUGCGCUCGGAGAACGACUACCUCAAGGAUGAGCUGGACGAGCUCCGUGCUGAGAUGGAGGAGAUGAGGGACAGCUACCUGGAAGAAGACGUGUACCAGCUGCAGGAACUUCGGCGGGAGCUGGACCGCGCCAACAAAAACUGCCGUAUCCUGCAGUACCGCCUCCGGAAGGCCGAGCAGAAGAGCCUGAAGGUAGCAGAGACCGGGCAGGUGGACGGCGAGCUCAUCAGGAGCCUGGAGCAGGACUUGAAGGUGGCCAAAGAUGUGUCUGUCCGGCUGCACCACGAGCUGGAGACCGUGGAGGGGAAGCGGGCAAGAGCCGAAGAUGAAAAUGAAACGCUGCGACAGCAGAUGAUCGAGGUGGAGGUGUCCAGGCAGGCUCUGCAGAAUGAGCUCGAGCGGCUGAAGGAGAGCUCCCUGAAGAGAAGAGGCAGCCGGGAAGUGUACAAGGAGAAGAAGGCCUUCAGCCAGGAUGACAGCGCCGACCUGAGGUGCCAGCUGCAGUUUGCCAAAGAGGAGGCCUCUCUGAUGCGCAAGAAGAUGGCCAAGCUGGACAGGGAGAAGGAUGAGCUGGAGCAGGAGCUGCAGAAGUACAAGGCCCUCUACGGGGAUGUGGACAGCCCCCUGCCCGUGGGGGAGGCCGGCGGGCCCCCCAGCACUCGAGAGGCCGAGCUGAAGCUGCGGCUCAAGCUGGUGGAGGAGGAAGCCAACAUCCUGGGCCGCAAGAUCGUGGAGCUGGAGGUGGAGAACCGGGGCCUCAAGGCGGAGAUGGAGGACAUGCGGGCCCAGCACGAGCAAGAGGGAGCUGGCCGGGACCGUGUCCCCAGCGUCCCGACCUCGCCCUUCGGGGACUCCCUGGAGUCCUGCGCUGAACUGCGCCGGCACCUGCAGUUCGUGGAAGAGGAGGCCGCGCUGCUGCGGAGGUCCAUCUCCGAGAUCGAGGCCCACAACCAGCAGCUGACCCACGAGCUGAGCAAGUUCAAGUUUGAGCCCUGCCAGGAGCCGGGGUGGCUCAGGGAUGGCGUGGGGAAGGGCAGCAUGGCCCCACUGCAGGAGGAGCUGCACUCCGCCAGGCUGCAGAUCAGCGAGCUGAGCGGGAAGGUGCUCAAGCUUCAGAGCGAGAACCUGGCGCUGCUCUCUGACACCCACCUGGGGCUGCGGGCGCCGAGUCCCCGAGACAGCGAUGUUGAGAGUGACACAGGCCGGAAGGAGGGCGAUGUGGAGGACGGCCGCCUGCCCCAGCCCAAGCGGGAGGGCCCUGUGGGUGGGGAGAGCGACUCAGAUGAGUUGUUCGAGAAGACGUCGGGCUUCGGGAGCGGGAAGCCGUCGGAGGCCAGCGAGCCCUGCCUGGCAGAGCUCAGGGCGCCUGAGGACACCGAGCGCCUGGUGACCCUGAAGCACGAGGCCCAGCGGCUGGAGCGCACCGUGGAGCACCUCAUCACCGACACCGACAGCUUUCUGCGGGACUCACCUGGGCUCCGGGGUGAGGGCGAGAGGGGCUGGGGGGGCCAGGAUGAGCCCCCCCUGCUGGGGACCAUCAACGGGAAGAUGAAGGCCUUCCGGAAGGAGCUGCAGGCCUUCCUGGAACAGAUGGCCCGCCUGGGGGACGGCCUGUCGCCCCUGCCCCACCUCACAGAGUCGUCCAGCUUCCUGUCCACCGCGACCUCCGUGUCCCGGGACUCCCCUGUUGGGAACCUGGGGAAGGAGCUGGGCCCGGACCUGCAGUCCAGACUGAGAGACCAGCCAGAGUGGCAGCUGGGGCCGGACCGAGGGGAUGAGCGCGACAGCCUGCGGCUCCGCACCGUGCGGGAGCUGCACCGCCGGGCUGAUGGGGACGCCGGGAGCUACCAGCCAGGAGGCCAGAGCUGCCCUAGUCCCGAGCUCAGGGGCCCUCCCGUUUUCCCUGAGCAGAGUGUAUCGAUAGCGGAGCUUCAGGGCCAGCUCGCGCAGGAGACCAGACUGCGGCAAGAGGAGACAGAGACAUUGACAGACAAGAUCCGGAAGCUGGAAGAGGAGCACCUGUAUGCACUGCGCUGGAAGGAGCUGGAGGUGCAGAGCCUGGCGUUGCAGAGCACGCUGCGUGCGCGCACCUGGGGCGAGGAGCGGACCCUGCUGCACCGGGAGCUGGGCGCGCUGAGGCAGAGCAUCUUCCUGUUCUACGUCAAGCUCCGAUGGCUGCUGAAACACUGGCGGCAGGCGAAGCAGUCUGGGAACGGCGGGGAGGACGGCGUGGAGGGCGAGCAUCCAGAGACCCUCCCUGGGCUUGGGGAGCUUGGAAUCCAGGCGGAUGGGCCAGAGCACGGUGACAGCGACCCAGGCUGUGGCUUUCCAGCGGGAGAGGCUUCUCCGCUCACCCCAGUGCAGACCGGCGACCGUGCAGCACAGCUGCAGACUGCAGACGGGGGGCCGCUCCACAGGCAGGCGGUGGAGAACCAGCAGCUGUUCAGCGCCCUUGAGGCCCUGCUGGAGGACUUCCGCUCCGAGCUAUGGGAGGACGAGCUGGCCCGGCGGCGGCUACAGCAGCAGUACGCCAGCGACAAGGCGGCCUGGGAUGUGGAGUGGGCCGUGCUCAAGGGCCGCCUGGAGCAGCUGGAGAAGCAGUCGGAGAGGAGCCUGGGUGAGCCGGACGCCCCCGUCGAGAGCAGGAGCAUACUGAGCAGGGAGCGGGAGGUGCACCGGAAGCUGCUGGCGGACAGCCACGGCCUGGUCCUGGACCUGCGCUGGCAGAUGCAGCACAGCGAGAAGAGCUGGAGGCGGGAGAAGGUGGAGCUGCUGGAGCGCCUGGACCGCGAGCGGCGCGAGUGGGAGCAGCAGCAGCAGGAGCUGGCGUGGAGGGUCGAGCAGUUGCAGAAAGAGAACAGUCCCCGGAGAGGCGGCAGUUUCCUCUGUGAUCAGAAAGAAGGCCACCCGUGCCCCUCUUCGCACCCGGGAGGGCCUCGUGUGCCCCGGCCCGCGUCCAUGUGGCCCUGCACAGACACUGACUCCCUGCCCUUUGAGGACCAGCCGCUGUCCAAGCUGAAGGAGUCAGACCGGUGCUCGGCCAGCGAGAACCUGUACCUGGAUGCCUUGUCCCUGGACGACGAGCAGGAGGAGCUGCCUCCGCCUCGCAGGCCCGAGAGGACGUUCAGGAACCGCCUCGCCGAGGAAGAAGAAAAUCACAAGAGGAGCCUUCAAAGGGUGGUGUCCGUGUCCUCCAUGUCGGAGUUCCAGCGCCUGAUGGACGUCUCCCCGUUCCUGCCGGAGAAGGGCCUGCCGCCCACCAGCAGCAAGGACGAUGUCACCCCACCCCUGUCCCCUGAUGACCUCAAGUACAUCGAGGAGUUCAACAGCAAGAGCUGGGACAGCGCAGUGCCCCCCAGGGCUGGCCCUGAGUGGCCCCCAGACCCCUGGGCGGACAGGACCGAGGGUGGGCAGGCAGGGCAGGAGGCCCCGGCAGAACCUUUCCCCUCCUCCGCCUGGUACCUGACCACGAGCGUCACCAUGACCACGGACACCAUGACCAGCCCCGAGCACUGCCAGAAGCAGGGGCUGCACAGCCACGUCCUCGCCGAGCCGACGGGGGUGCGGGUGCUGCAUGGCCCACCCCCCGUCCGCAGGGUGGACAGCGGCAGGCCGGCGGCAGGCGGCGAGGGCAGGGGCCGGCCGGACCCGGAGGGCCCCCUGCCCACAAGCAGAGCCAGAGGGAGCCUGCGAGAGACCACGGAAACCCCUGCCCUGGGCCGAUGGCCCUGCACCCCCACCCGGCACCCCCGAGACUGUGCGGAGGGGACCCUGUGCCCCCUCGACCUCUCCCUCUGCACCCCACUAGCUGCCGCCCUGCCGCACAGCCCAGACAUGUCCAAGAACAUGAGUGACGACACCAAGGCAGCGGCCCUGUCCGUCAGGAGCGCGCUGUGCCCCAGCCCCACCCAGCCUCGCGUCAAGGACAUGGCCUGCCAGACGAAGGAGUCCCGCGCAGCGGGGACACAGACUGUGCAGACCAUCAGCGUGGGGCUGCAGACCGAGGCCCUGCGCGCCGGGGCCGGCGUCGCCAGCAGCCCCCACAGGUGUCUCACGCCAAAGGCGGGCGGCGGCACCACACCGGUGUCGUCCCCAUCCCGGAGCCUUAGGAGCAGGCAGGUGGCCCCCGCCAUUGAGAAGGUGCAGGCCAAGUUCGAACGCACCUGCUGCUCCCCCAAAUACGGGUCCCCCAAGCUGCAGAGGAAGCCCCUCCCCAAAGCUGACCCGCCAGCCAGCAGGGCCGUGGUGGGGGGCGGCCAGAAGGGGUGCAGUGAGUCGGCCUGGGCCCGCUCCACCACCACGCGCGAGAGCCCCGUGCACACCACCAUCACCGACGGCCUCUCCAGCCUCUUCAGCAUCAUCGACCACGGCCCGGCCAUGCAGGACCCCUUCCAGAAGGGCACGCGGGCCGGGAGCCGCUCCCACUCCGCAGAGCCCCACCCCGAGCUGGGCCCUGGCCAGGAAGCAGGCCCCGGCUCCCGGGGAAGGUCGCCCAGCCCCCUGGGCACAGGCAGAGAGGACGGGGGAGAGGGUACGCCCGUGAGGCAGGACCUGUCUGCACCCCCUGGCUACACGCUGGCCGAGAGUGUGGCCCGGAUCCUUAACAGGAAGCUGCUGGAGCAUGCCUUAAAGGAGGACAGGAGGCAGGCCGUCCCCGGGCCCCCGAGUCUCACCAGCGACAGCCUCACGGUGGAAACGGCCUCAGCCGAGCUGGGGGCCAUGGAGAGCCCACCUGUCUUACUAACUGCCCCGUGGGGACUCUAGCCCUGCCCGCCUCACGCUGAACUGCCGUGUUGCGCGCUCGCCCCGUCCCUAGAGCCCUGCUUCUCCAGGCCCGAGAGACCAGCCAACCGCCGCCCUCCGUCCCGGUGG